UGCAUGGAAUGUAUAUAGCGUGUCGUCCAACAACCUGGCUAUUUAUGUGGCCUGGAUCAAGCUCUCGUAUAAACAAAGGCUUCAUGGUACGAGAAAGUUCCCUUGUCGAUCAAGAUGUUGCGUGGCCCAACCAUGGCGCCACAUGUGCCUGCAAACUAAGCCGCCAUGGCGCCAUUAUCGCUUUUCAUUGGAUCUCAAAGCUGCUGAAGAUCAGUCACGCACGAACAAACCAUGCAAUCGGCCGCUCGGACGCCGCCACCGUAGAGGCGCCGCCUGGAUGGGAACUCAUCAUGAUGAUGGUUUGGAUCGAUCCAUGUUGUUAUCUAUGCAUGUUGUUCAUGCUGCUCGACGAUGCCCCGGCGGAAAGCGCCGAUUGGAUUUCCCUAGGCGACCUGACCUACAUAUGAAUACAACUUCCCUUUGUUAGACCCAUUUUUUUUAAAGACCCAUUUUUAAAACCAAGCCAUGAAGGCCAACCUGUUCCUCUGAAUGUGGAGAAGACUGCCAUUGCAGCAAGACACGUGGAUCUAGAGAUUGAAAUCAAAUUGUUGUAGAACAGCUAGAUCUAGUGGAGUAUGUAAUGGCCAUGUACUGUCCACCGUUGGCAGUAUGGUGGGAGCCUGCUGACCUUGGAGAACUUCUGGAUGAGGACGAAUAUACUUUGGCGUCCGCUCAAGAUGUGCAUGU